CCAGCCCCCCCUCCAAUGAAACCGCACCUUGUUCCUAAGAGUGCCAUCCACCAACACAACAGGAAAAUGGUUGGGAAGCCCAUGGUUGCUGGUCUGGUGGUCCUGGUGGCUACAGUGAGCCUGUUCCUCGGGAUAUUCAUGGGUCUGGGGAAGCAAAACACCCCUGCCCCCUCAGACUACUUCUACUCAAAGGCUGCUGUGGCUGCUGAUGCCGGGAAGUGUUCAGAAGUGGGGAGAGACAUCCUGAAGAAAAACGGUUCAGCUGUGGAUGCGUCCAUCGCUGCCCUGCUAUGUGUCGGCCUUUUAAACGCUCACAGCACGGGCAUCGGUGGAGGGUUCUUCUUCGUCAUCUAUAACGCUUCCACAGGGAAGGUGGAAACCAUUGACGCGAGAGAGACGGCACCCAUGAACGCCACUGAAGACAUGUUUGGCAACAACACUACGCUCUCUCGUACAGGUGGAUUGUCCAUAGCCAUUCCUGGGCAGAUCCGGGGCUACGAGAUGGCACACAAGCGGCAUGGCAGGCUGCCAUGGAGGGAGCUGUUUGAGCCCAGCAUUACCCUGGCUCGCAAUGGCUUCCCCGUAGGAAAAGCUUUGGCCGACGCCAUUUCCAAGCACAAAGAGUCAAUUCAAGGGGACGCCAACAUGUGUGAGGUGUUUUGUGAUUCUGAAAAAAACAUCCUGAAGGAGAAUGACAUAAUUAGAUUUACAAAGCUGGCCGACACGUUCCAAAGAAUAGCAGAGGAGGGGCCUGACGUGUUUUAUAACGGGUCAAUGGCACAGAGCAUCGUGGAAGACAUCCAGGCAGCAGGUGGCAUCAUCACCCUAGAUGAUCUGUUGGAGUACCAGCCUGUGCUGAAUGAGAACCCUCUAAAGGUGAAUGUUGGGGAAUACACCAUGCAUGUCCCAGAUGCCCCCUCCAGUGGCCCAGUGCUGGCACUCAUACUCAACAUAGUGGAUGGCUACAACUUCUCAGACACGAGCGUCUCCACAGCAGAGCAGAAGACUCUGACGUACCAUCGCAUCGUAGAGGCCUUUCGUUUCGCUUACGCCAAGAGGAGCAGACUCGGAGAUCCCCGUUACCUCAAUAUUACCGACCUCAUUCACAACAUGACCUCAGACUACUUUGCUGACGGCCUACGGAGUAAAAUUACAGAUGACACCACUCACCCAGACAGUUACUACGAGCCGGACUACUUUGUCCCAGACAGCCACGGGACGGCUCACCUGUCAGUCAUGGCUGAAGAUGGAAGCGCAGUGGCCGCCACCAGCACCAUCAAUCUAUAUUUCGGCUCCAAAGUCAGGUCUCGAUCAACGGGAAUCCUUUUCAAUGAUGAAAUGGAUGAUUUCAGCUCUCCCUACAUGACCAACGGGUUUGGAAUACCUCCCUCCCCCAACAACUUCAUCCAACCAGGGAAGAGGCCGCUGUCUUCCAUGUGUCCCACGAUCAUCUUUGACAAAGACAACAGAGUAAAAAUGGUUGUGGGAGCGUCGGGGGGAACGAGAAUCACCACAGCCACUGCCUUAGUGAUCCUGAACUCCCUGUUCUUUAACUACGACCUCAAGAAAGCCGUGACCGAGCCGAGGCUCCACAAUCAGCUCAACCCUAACAUGACGGUGGUGGAGCAGGGCUUUGAAAAGAGGGUGCUGGAGGGUCUGGUCCAGAAGAAUCACAUAACACAGCUGCUGAGCACGGCAGACUCUGUGGUCCAGGCCGUGGUGAGGCAGGGAGAGCGUCUCUGCGCCGAGUCCGACCCCAGGAAAGGAGGCUAUCCGGCGGGAUACUGACUGGGAGCAUUCUGCUCCACUCUGCUUCUCUCAGCCCGGGUCAUGUCUACAAAGACAUUUGGACUGAGCCACAUAAUGCAGAAGUUGUCCACACUGGGGACUCAAGCUAUGAAGACACAGCCACCAAAUCCUACAGAAAGUCAUUUAAUUUUUUUGAUUCCUAACAAAUUCUUACAUUGGUAUUAUAUUUUCUGUGUUUUGAAGAAAACAAGAGUCCAUGUAGUUUGACUCCUGUAUCAUCACAAAUGCUGUUUUAGGAAAGGCCAAACAAAUCUGAUCCAUACCAUAAAUUCACAACUAAUUAAAAAGAACCAAGCGCCACAGACGAGGUAAAGGAAAAAGUUUCCAUUACAUUGGUAACAACCUGAGUGGUUGCAGGUUGUCCAUGUCAUAUUUAUUUAUUUUAUUCUCUAAAGAAAAAAGGAAAGAGCUUCUUUUUUUUUUGUCAAACGUUCAUUAAAUAUUAGACCAAUGAACAGUCAUCAAAUAAAAAUGUUUGAGUUCGCAGUUGUUUUCCGUCACUCUCUAGUGAAACCACCACUUUUUGAAAUGUAAAUGUUUUCUAUUAAGUAGGAGGUUUACUCGCUGUAUAGUGUAUUAUGAAAAAUAAAUUUGCAGAUAUAUUUUUCUAAAUAUGCCAUGUUUGUCGACGUGCUUGUUAUUAAACACUUUGAACACG